CUAAUGAUGAAGAACUAAAGAAAAGAAUAGCUGAAGAACUGGCAUUAGAACGAGCCAGGAGAGACUCUGAAGCUCAAAAGAGAAGAUUGAAACAAGAACAAUCGUAUGUACGCGAUGAGUUUGGCAAACUUCUGGAACGAGAAAGGAUUUCUUCAAAUGAACAUUUGACUCGAGCCAUUCUUCGAGAGAGAGCUGCGACAGAAGACGAGCGUCAGAAGGCACAGCGUUUUGCCAAGCAGCUGGAAGAGAAAGACAGAGAACUGAAGAAGCAUGAUGCCUACUACAAAGAGCAGCUGGCUCGACUGGAGGAAAGG